AUGAGCUCGCAUAAUUUAAAAGAUACUAAGGGUGUACCUCUUCAGUUUGAACAUUUUUCGCCUAAAGUUUCACAGUCUGAUCAGACGAAGGAAAAUAGGGGGGGAGAUAAUGAGCCAAAGAAAAGGCAUUCAGUUCCUAGAGAUGAUGAAAGUAAGAUAAGUAAGACUGUCAAGUUUAUUAAUCAGACAAACAACGAAAAUGUUGAUAUACCGUGGCCCAAGGUUAGUGUUGAUGAAGAUAUUGAACCGUCGUCAAAAAUUAGUGAGUUAGGACGCAUAUUUAUUCACUAUCUUAACGAAGUUGGCAUUAUUAAGGCAGACUUGCAAACCCCAUCAAUCUGUGAAAAGCCAUCGUCGAAGGGAAAACAGUAUUGUUGUUGUUUAAAGUUUCAGAUUAAUUACGGAUUUCAACGAUUUCAAGUUAUCUUAACUUUAAAAUAUGGUAUUGCAAACAAAAAAGUAUUUUCUAACAAUUCUUUUUCGAAUGAUGAGUUGGUGGAUUAUUUAAAGAAUUUGAUUAUAUUCAAAAAGACCGAUACAGGUCAGGAAAUCAAGUUUAACAACCUUAAAUUGUUAAGUGUGGGUUGUAAUAUCAAUGGCCUUGAGUUAGAAAUUUAG